CGGACCGGGCCGCGCCCGGGAGGCCGCGGGCGCUCCCUGCGCGGCGCCAUGUGACUGCGCGGGCGCUCAGCUGGGACGAGUUACAUACGAGUGGUUGUGGCCGGCGCGGACAGACAGCUUCCCGAUUGUCCCACCUGAAAACGUCAGCCUUCGCUGGUUUAUUCUUCUUCUUCCUCGGUGUUUGGCACUUUUCAAAAAGCGGCGCCCGAUCGUGGGAAGCCUCAUCUGCCGUUCAGCGCGGUGCGGGAUGAGCCGCCCCGGUUCUCCUGUGCGGUGGCCGUAGCAGAAGGGUGAGCGAUGCUGCCCCCUCCCCGGGGCUUCCUCCAGCCUGCCCGGGCUCCCGGAGCCGUCGGCGCCGCCUCAUCAGCCGCUGGGGACGCGACGUGGGUGAAAAGGUGCUGAAUGCAUGCGCGACCUGAAGCUACUGCUUGCCAUGUGUGGCCGUAGCCUCUGGCUUUGCCAGCUGCCUGGUCCCGGUACCAGGUAAUCGGGGAGGCGCAGCAGCAGACCAGCGGGGACGUUGCUCCGCGCCACCGGCAGGAUCAUGGUGAAGGAGGAGUGCAAAGCACUGCUGGACGCGCUCAACAAGGUGACCGCCUGCUACCGGCACAUGGUGCUGACCAUCGGCGGCACCUCGGACUCCCAGAACCUACGGGAGGAGCUCAAGAAAACGCGGCAAAAAGCCCAGGAGCUAGCGGUGGCCAACAGGAACAAGCUCACCACGGUCCUGAAGGACAAAACCGUUAGUAAGGAAGAUAAAGCCGAGUUCGAAAGGCUAUGGGUGAUUUUCUCCACGUGCCUAGAGAUCCUGGAGAUCGACAUGAGGAGAGCCCUGGAGCUGGGCCACGAGUUUCCACUAAAUGUCCCCAAAAAGCACCUGAUCCAGACAGGAAUGAGUGGGGGAACCUCUGGCGUGGCUGCCAGGGCGAUGAGCGUCCAAAACAUGAAAUAUGAGGCUGAGCACAACAUCGACGUUGUGGAUUUGAAAGACCUUGAGAACGAAAUCAACCAGGUAGGAGAGAUGAUGUACGAGAUGGAAAUGAAGGUCAAUGUCCCCCAGUGGACAGUAGAGGCUAAGCAAGACCCAGGGGCUGAACUAAAAUCCACCAUCAGCGUGGGCGCUUCUUCUAUUGGCAUGAUCUCAGUGGAGGAAAAUAAAUCCUUCUGCGACAUCAACAAGGUUCUAGCUGGGAUUAUUUUCUCUGCUGUGCUCAUUAUCGCUAUUGUCCUGGCAGUGUGUGUGGUGAAACUCUCAUAGGGCGGUGCAGCCUCUGACCAAGAGCAACCUCCCUCCCAUCAGUCUCGGGAGCAUUUCACACAUCACAUUUAAUUUCUAAAUGUGUCACUUGGAUGAGCUGAGCAUUUAAACCUAGCACUUGAAAAAGGAAAACGUUUGCCUCUCCAUAUCUUAAAAUGCACGGUUUGUUUCUUCUUUAUUUUUGAAGAAGAGAGAUGCAGAUCAGCCUGCAGAAUAGGAUGUCUUCAUCUGCUGGUCUUGUAAUGGUUAACUAUGAAAUAUCAGGGUAUUAUCACUACUGGCUGUAACUCGGAUUUGUCUGCUAUUAAUAGAUCAGUAUUCUCAGAAGCCUGGAUUUCUUGUUCUUGAAUAGGCUCAGAUGUUUGCUGCUGGUCACUGUUUACAGUAUUUAACACAAACUUGGAGGCUAAAAAAGGCGUUUUGUCCACAAAGUGAACAGAAUACCUUUUUUUCUUUGUCCAUCCAGUACACAAACUAUUAUUUCUGUGGAGGAAAGGGGGAAGGAUAAAAACCCCAAUAAAAGAAUGUGAACACCCUCUAUUUUAGGUAAGUUAAUGGCUGGGGAGGGAAGAGGUGUGGAGGAGGAUCGAGAAAACAGAACAAGCAAUGUUUGAGACCAAAUACUGUUUGUUGAUUUAGGCUGGAUCAUACAGAACCCAGUUGCAUGGGUUGGCAAAGCAUCUGUGAACGACUAAUUGCUUUCCAAAUCCACAGAGAAAACACAGAGUUGCAUGUUCAGAAAAACGCUAGCAAGCCUCAUAGUUCUCAUCCACAUUUACUAUGAUUUUGUCUUCCCCUGCAGAAAGACUGACUUUUGCCACUGGUUCAAAUUUUUCUUUCUACAGAAAAGCAAACAGUUUGUGCUUCACAAUUGACUAUGACAAUAAGAGCACUGAAUCUACCCAUUGCAGAAGCAGUAAUUUUUGAAAAUAAUAUUUUCAUUUUAGCAAAUAGAAAUAAUGUUGAGUUAAAGCAGACCUAAUAGUCCAAAGACACCCCCUAUCAUGUUUACAGGCAGGGACUGAUGCUUACGUAUAUACAGUCACGUUUCUGCAAGCUCCCGAAUUCUUUGCAGAAAUCCAGAGAAAGAUAAAAUGUGUCUUGGUUUCAUGUCUCAUUCAUGUCUCAUGAAUCAGCUGGGAAACGGGAAACCUGUAGGAUUGGUCCAAUUUCAGGAGGUAAAUGCAAGUGACAUAAAACUUUCCAGUGCUUCUCUAUAAAAUUGUCAACUUGUAACGCUAAAGCUGGGAGGACAGACAUUAAGUUUGCAGAAAAGUUCUAUAAUGGUUUGUAAAAGGAUUUAUGUAUUGUGGUACUUAAAAUGUAACUUAUGGAAAUGUCAUCUGUUUCUGUGAACACACACUACCUGUUUGAGAAUGCUUGGUGCAUACUUUAUCAUGCCAUAAGUAUACGAGGCACUCCACAGGCAAAUAAAAAGACUAAUGUUGGGGGUUUAGUAAGUUAGUAUUCUUCUGAAUUGAUUACUAUAAACACACUAUCAAAACGUAACAAUCAGGUAUGUUUUGUGAAGUUGCUAGAAAUCGUUUUCAUGCAUGUUAAAUAAAAUUAUGUUGACAAUACAAACAUGGUAUUUUUGAGUUAAGAGCUAAACAUACUUCAAAAAACUGCAGCAAGGAGUUUAUUCUUCAAAACUUACGAUAAAAUGGAUUUGGGGAGGGGAAAAAAAGUGUAAAUCUGGGUACUUGUAGGUGAGAAAAAAAAUAAUGUGGGUGAGGAAAAAUAUUAAGUGGAGGCCUGAAUUAAAGGCUAUAGACUAUCAUUACACUGAAGGAUAAUGCGAGUUCUGCGCAUUGAUUCAGUCCAGCUCUGCUCUUGUGGGAAUUCAGAGUUUUGUAAGAUGACUCCACAUUCCCUUCUAUUGCAUUUCACUCAUUCCAUAGAAUGUGUUUUAUACAUGGCAAAUCUAAGUUCACAGAGAUCCCCAGCAGAAUUCUAAAGUCGAGCCUGUAUUUAUCAGUGCUACCGUUUCAGUCUGUCUAGACAAGGUGUAAUUGCUGUGUGUUGAUUUAAAUGAGAAGAGCUCCUUCAAAAUCAUAUUGAAUAAACAUAUUUAUGGAAAAUACACCAAAAGCUGCAGGAGAAUGUACAUAUUUGGAUUACUACCACUAGUCACUAAGAACUUGUGGUUAUUUUCACUCUUUGCACUCUCCUUUUACUUAGUUCACAGGAAGGUGAGUAAGAAGUUGGACUCCACUGUGCUUCUUGAAAACUCCACAGUCCUUUUCAAAUUGUAUCGUUUAACCACAUUAUGAACACCCAAGUAGUGUGGGUCUGGUUUCUGGUGGAUAAGGAAACAGUAACACUUAGAGCACUGAUUAUCUUGUAUCCUCAUGUAGGUAUACUGUUUAUCCAUGCUUAGUUGUGUAGAAGAAUUUUUAAGGAUAGCUAAUCUAAUCUUCCAAAGGAAGCCUCAAUGAGUCAGAUAAUUGUAAAUUUUCAGUGUGUUGCAUUUUUUUUAAUUUGGAUUUUUGUUUACAGGAUUCAAAGAGUUAAUAGCCUAUAAUUACAUAAGCCUUGCUUCAUUAUGAAUAUGCACAAAAUUAGUAUUUCAAGUAUCGGACCUUGAAAAAAAUUAUGUAUUUUCAAAUCUUAAGACAGAGCUUUCUGGAGAUUUAUUCAUCAUUAGUUUGUUCCUAAAAAUAUCUACAAUCUUAUAUUUCAGCUAUCUGAAAUUAACAGAUUAAGCAGAAUUCUAACAGAGGAUUGGCACCAUCUAAGUGGAUAAUGUUCCUACUGUUAAUUUCCUACACUUGAUACAAGUGUAUGCUUAAUGUGACACGACUUCAGGCACCACAGACCCCAAAAUGAAAACAAUAUGAAACCACGAAUGUCCAAAAGUACUGAUGCUUAUUUGAAAUUAAGAAAUAAAGAAGUGUUGUGUAUUUGCAGUCUUCAUUUUUAUCCCCCAUAGUAAUGCAACUGUAAGGAGACUGGAAAUGCUAUUUUUAUAAAUGAAAAAUGGGAAAUUAAACUUCAAAAUACUCUAAAUAGCAUGAUGAAAAUACAAAUACUGUCAUGCUGCUCAACAAAUGGGAACGUUACUGUGUUUUCAGUGCAAAAGAUGGUCAUUGCUUAAUUUCAAUGUUGUUCUACUUCAGUUCUUUUGUCAUCAUUCACAGGUUAUAGAUAUGAAAUUUGCUGUAUAGUAAAACUUUAUUCUUGACUUGAAUUAUACUGGUUUUGCCUGUGCAUGGGUGGUAUUUUCUACACUUUGAAUAAAUUCAAACUUGUUACUGUCACUAUUUAUUUAACUUAAAAUAAAGUACAGUCUUAAAACUUACUGCUUUAGCUUGCAACAGUAAUUACACCCAAACAAAACCUGGAAUAUUAAUACAGCUUGUCAGUAAGCUCCUCUAAACAAGAAGUUCCUAUUUCAACCACAAGAAUAAAAGUAACAUCUAGGCCCUCCCAGUACAACUUUCUUUACAUAAAUGCACCCUUCAUCAAGCUCUUGAAGUUGAAUAUAGUGUUCUAUCUAAAUUUAUACUGCAAGGGAAUUAGCAGUAUGAAAAGUCAAAUCUGUGCCUUGGGAAAUGUCUACAAUAACAUUAGGCUAACAGGGACAACACCUUCAGCAAUUCCAUGGGGGUCAGUAAAGUAUGAAACCACCCGCUUGAGCAACUGAAAACUAGGGAACAUACUGGACUACACUGAAGCAUUAGAUCCUCAUUGUACCUCACACUGUGCUAGAAUCCAAAUUUGCCCCCUUUCAGGUGGCAAAGCUUCUACUUUAGCAACAGACAUACAACCUAUGGAGUGUGAAAUUCGAUAGCAACAAAAUUUUGGUCCUGUGGUAUUGACAGGCAACAAUCAUCAACAGUUAUACCAAACUAUCAGAACUCAGUCUUCAAUGCAGCAAUUUUAACUUUAUUUCAGGAUUUCCAGUCCAUCACCAUAAAAAUCCUCUGCACUGUUUUGUAAUUUACUAACAAAAUGAACACAGAACCACAAUUAAAGUGAUUCUCCUUACAUUGCAGACAAUAUAACAUCAAAU